AUGGGUGCCAAUGGCACAAUAGAGAAAUCGACUGUUGAGUGCUUGAAAGUGGAGCAUUUGGAUCUUGGAGAAGUCCGAAGUCAUCGCUCACUACGGCUUCAUUCCCCUGAUCAUCGUUAUUGGCAUGAACUUCGAGCCGAAGCCCCCCCAGCUCUACCAGCUACUCAGCCCUAUAUGAUUCAGAUCCCCCUUCAAUCCAUACAUUUAGCUAGUUCACUUCCCUAUCUGUCGAAUCUACACCGUGUGCUUAAGUUAGAAUUGGGCAGAGAUAGUAGUAUGUGA